UGGCAGCCAGGCGAUUCCCGAUGUGCUUGCGCCACCACGUUGGAGGACUGCGCCUGUGACGUCAACGGCGGUGGGCGGAGCCGAAGAAGUGGACGAGCGCUGGCUGCCAAAAAGGAGGGAGACGCGCGGAAGAGAGGAGCUGGAGGCAGGCGGGCUCAGCGGAGGGAGCGAUGCUUGUCGGAUUGAGGCUAGGAUGAAUAGUUAUGCUGCUUCUGAUUGAUAGGAGAGAAACAGCAUCACUUAAAAAAAAAACUUGAUUGACGUGGACUUUCGUUUUUAUAUAAUUUUAUCAACAGUGCCUGUUUUCCACAUGAACUCUUUUGCCUUGUUUACUGGAGUGUUCCAUGCCCCGAGGAAGACCGACCUCCCUAGUUGAGCGUCCCCGGCCACCUGCGCUCCUCUGGCAGACACAGCAGCAGCAGUUCCCGGCUUUAGCUGGGAUGUUUGAGUCGCAAUCUUUGGUGGGCUGAAGGCAUUGAAAGAAAGAAAGAAAGAAAGAAAGAGAGUGAGAGAGUGUACCAAGACACCGACGAGAGGGUGGAACCGAGAGCAUGGCUCUGGUACCGCUGUCUCUCUGGGUGCUAACGACUCUCACCUGGGCCAGCCCGCUCCAGGGGUCCCUCAGCAGGCAUUCCAUUUACUGGAACAGCUCCAACAUCCAUCUGCGUCGCGAGGGCUACACAAUGCAGGUGAACGUCAACGACUACCUGGACAUCUAUUGUCCUCACUACAACGACAGCCAGCGCAUGGUGGGCACCAGCGAGCAGUAUGUCCUCUACAUGGUCAGCUACCGUGGCUACAGGAGUUGCGACCCCCAGAUGGGCUUCAAAAGGUGGGAGUGCAACCGACCGCAUGCCCCCCACGCUCCCAUCAAGUUCUCUGAGAAGUUCCAGCGGUAUAGCGCCUUCUCUCUGGGCUACGAGUUCCACGUCGGACAGGAGUAUUACUACAUAUCCACACCGAUUCAUCACCACGGCCGCAGCUGCCUGAGACUACGUGUGUACGUCUGCUGCUCCACAGCCUCUGAUGUAGAUGACGAGCCAGAACCAACAGAGGCAGACUACACGCUUAGACCGGGCCUAAAGAUGGAUGACAUCGAUGAAUUUAAUCCUUCCGUCCCCAAGCUAGAGAAGAGUGUAAGCGGAAGUAGCCCAUCCCGGGACCGCCUCCUGCUCACCAUCACCAUGCUGCUGUUGGCCACGCUCUUUGUGUCCUAGCAACGGCCCUCGAAUCAGCAUCACCAUGCCAACGAGCCUUUGGAGGGUGGAUGGUACAGCAGCCGGUGGGACAGUGAAGAUGCAGUCUAUGUAUGUGUGUCGUCUGUGUGUGUGUGUGUUGAUUCACGCACGCCACGCAAAGCAUUUAUAAAAGUGGAAACAUCAGACUGAAAUUAUAGAUAAUUAUUGUAAAAAUAAACAAAAAAAGAAAAGGGAAAAAAAACGUAUCAUUAAAUCCACCCAUGCAUUUGAUCGGCGAGUUCACUUCCUGUGGAUUUGUUCCCAUAGCUUCUCACAACAGGAUAAAUUGAACUCAGUUUAACUGAAUCAAAUGGAAUCACUACACCCUUGAGAAUUAAAGGACAUUUUUUUUGCCCAAUCUGAAGAUACUUCAUGAACUCCUUGGGACUCCUGUGGCUUAUCAUCUCCAUUCGCAGUCAACUUUGGAGCAGGGGGUUCAUUUAUAAAAGCAUUAAAAUUUCUGAGGUUAACAAAGCACACAAGUGCACUGUUGCAGCAGAGCAUCCCUGCAUGAGAACACUCAGCAAUACCGAAGAACCAUUAAGGAGUGUGUUGGCGCUGUUGAGCUCUGCCAUAAUCUCACUGUCAAUUUCUCCUAUGUAUGUAAAUAUGUGUGGGUGUGUGAGCAGAGGCUAAUAUCCUUGCAACACACCCAUACACUUAACAUCAUUCAAAUGCAAACUUAGAGUGAAAACAUGCUAAGUGACUUCGGGGAAGUUGUGCCCAGCCAAAAGCCAACCAACAGUACUACUACUACUAUAACAAGUGCUUACCAAGGAGAGCGUUGCCAUGGCAACUAGCACCUUAAUUCACCAUGGUUACCACACCCCUGUCAGCUAGCCAUUAUGGACUCUAGUCGGGAUGCCCUAACGGACAUUCUCUUUGACCCCCCACCACCAACGAACCAGCGGCAUGUGAGGCGUUCAUGCGCUCAUGUAAAUGUUAAGACCAGACUGAGAAUGAACAUUUAAAUGUUUUGAAAUGUAAUGAAAGUGUUUUUUUUUUCUAUGAACUUGAAGCUGAGUGUCCUUCAGUGUCGCUGUCUUUGGAUUGUUUUUUUUUUAUAUAUAUAUUUCUGUGAUGUGUCUUUGGUAAUGGUGAUGGAAUAUGAUGGAGCCAUAUGUCAACUUGGGCUGAAUGCAGACUGGUUUUCCAGCUUUGAAAUUCUGAGAGUUUUGCAGAACUUCAAAAUUUAUAACUAAUUUGUUGUUUAGUUUUCAUCUGCUUCAAAAUGAAGCUUCAAACAACAUCAUACAUUGCCACAUAAUGCAGGAAUAUAGUGGAAUUUCUGAAGUUUAACACCGUCCUUUCUUUGACAAUUUGUUUGGCCUGAAAAACAAAUGUCCCCAGUUGAAAUAAUGGGAAUCAAAUGUGAGCAUUAUAAGGUCAGAAUUUUGCCAUUGUAUAACUUACAGUCGUACCUCGACAUACGACUACUUCAACACACGAUGUUUUCGACAUCCAACGUAAAAUUUGACUCGCCAUUUGUUUCUACUAUGUCCGAUGACAUGCUCGAAAUAUGACGAUUUAUGACAGCGCCGCAGUUUCUUUGUUUUGCUGGAAGAUGCACGCAUGGUUCCAAGAAGGUCAGUAAAAGGUGCUGAAAAAAGGAAAAUGUGACGCUUACCAUAUGGAAUUAAUUGAAAAAUAUGAGCAUGGUGUGCACAUCCGUGAACUGGCUUGACAAUACGGCAGUUGAAUGCCUAUCUCGACCGUCCUCCUCUGAUCUCCGUUCACCAGUCCUUAUAAAUUAAGGUGACAAUAAUUAUUUUGGUAACAUUGCCAAAGAAAUCGUCAGGUUUCCAACCAUUUAUUCCAUCAAAUUGGGAAACACAACACGCAUACUGUCUGCUGCAGUUGAUGCCAGAAGCAAAACAUUAAAAGAGAAAGUAUAAUAGAAUCGCACUAUCUCAGCCACGCGGUGCAUUCAGGUACAGCAAAAAACGUCAGCCACAUUAGAACAUGAUUCGUUACAUUAUUACAGGAAUUAUUAUUAUAAUUAUUAUAUUUUUCCGGUUUUUAUUUAUAGUUUAUUUGUUUUGCUAUCUGUGACUGCCAUUUGUAAUAGUAUUAUCAGUAUUUUUUAAGGAUUUAGUGAAGGUUUUUGGGCUGUGGAACAAGUUAAUGGAAUUACAACGUAUUCUUAUGGCAAAAUCUUGCUUGACAUACAAACGUUUCGACUUACAAGUAAGGUCCUGGAAAGAAAUAACUUCGUAUGUAGAGGUACCACUGUAUAAUUCUAUGCUUCCUCUAUCAUUCUAAAUUUAUUCACUGCCAGACAUUUUCAUCGCAGUUUUGCAUAUUGCUAGCCAUAUUUUGACGCACAGAAUAUUAUGUUCAUACUCCCAGUUUAACGUACAGAAUAUUAUGUUCAUACGCCAGUUGAACAUCAUUGGCUUUUUUAAUGUCAAUCGCCAUUCACUCCAUGAAUUGCGUCAUCUUUUCUCACAUACACUCUUGUAUUGACUUCCGUGGCAUUCUUUUUAUAUCUAAAACUUAAGGAACAAUUACCUAAGCUUGGCUGAUUUCCAUGGUCUUGGAAAAUCCUUCUCUCAUAAAUGAUCUGACAAGUGAAAAUUUCACCAAUCCUUUUUUUCUGUCUAAAAGCUAUGCUGGGCUCAAAUCAAAAGUGAUGCAAUACCGCCAUCUACAGGGAUUUUUUAGUAGUUGCAGUACUUUAGAAACUUCAUUUCACAGACUAGAUGGGUGAAAUCCUGCCACGCCUACAAAAAAAAAAAAAAAACAUGUCAGUAUCACAUAUUUGCAAUUGACAAAUGGUUUUCAUGUCCUAUGCAGUAAAUAAGUGAACAUUUUUACAUUCUUAAAAAAGGUUAAAUGCUGUAACUGAAAUAAAAUACAAUUUAAAAAGUAUGGUAUGGAUUGAUGAUAUGAGAUGGCUCAAACCAUAAUGUGCCAGGACAGAGAUCAGUCUACUGUUCUUGCAAAAAACAAGGCAAAGAAAACUUCAAUCUUUUGACACUAACUGAGCCAAAGAAUUACUUUUUGAGUGCAUUUUCCAUUUUUCAGUUCAUAAUUUGAUUGCUCUACAGUAUAGAAACGGAAUGAAAGUAAACGAUUAAACAACAUAAAACAUUUAUUUUCUAGGAAAGUGCAACAUGGAAUUAUUGGUCUUCUUUCUAAGGCAAUGGUGUCCAAACCACUCUACAAGGGUCGCUGUGGGUCCUGGUUUUUGUUCCUACCAAUCGAGCACAGAAAGUUUAACCAAUGAAGUUUCUGCAAAAACAUGCAACACCUGAUUAACUGAUUACACAAAAGAACAAAUUAUACCGGACACGUCUACGGUACAAUUCCGCCAUGCUCCGUGUUGACUGCGUGCUCUGCAGUACGUCAAAAAGAGGACAAAACAUGCCGGCUACGCUCAACUGCAGUCCGGCAGGUCUGUCCCAUCGUGAGUUCUCGCGUGAUCGCGCGCGAUAAUGUGGCAUUAAAAACAACGACAAACACACGGAGUCUGUACUCAACCGAGAAGCAGAGAGAGAGGUAGACUUGAUUUGACUGAACAUUUAUUCCCCAAAUUUUUUUUUUUUGCGUUUACCAUGGGUUUGUGACACCCUGACCACGUCAACAACCUGUUCUCUAUUUUAAUUAGUGUUUUAAAUUACAUAAAUUGCAUAACUCAACUUCCAUCCUCAUAGCUUCUGCUAUGGCGUUCUAUGCAGAUUACUCUUUAAACUUUGUGACUUUCCACCUCCAAAAUGAAUGACUCAUCGUCCGUGUUCACUGGUGUUUAAACCGUGAAUAAGCACCUGGCCUAUUGACUGCAGGCCUGGCUCCGCAUAGUUUGACGGAUACGUCUCCGGCAAAAAUAGAAAAUAGCCCAAAACAUCCACGUCGGAGAUGGUCUGCAGUCAAUCCGUAGCACCGACGCGGCCGGUGUAAUUUGAACAAUAGGACAUAAUGGAAACGGAUUGGCUCCGGCGCUAUCUUGCCGGACCCGGACCGCAGACACGUCCUGUAUAAUUUGGCCUUAAGACACCAGAUUGGUCAAAAGGUGUCAACUUGUUUUGUUGGAAUGAAAUACAGCACCGACUGCGGCCCUAUGCGAAAUUAUUUGGACACCCCUAUUCUAAGGGAUGAGGGAAGACGCAACAGGACUACCAUCCCAUACAGUAUGACCUGCCAUAACAAUUGAGCUGCACUAUGUUUACAGAAUAGAAGUGCAUUUGAAAUGUAAAGUUUACUUAACUUGUUCAUCAUAUUGCCCCUACCUUUGGCUUUUAUCAUUAUGGCUUGUUUAGAGUGAAGAUAAUGCAAAAUAUUCACCUGGCCUGACAUUUUUUCCCCUUUUUUUCUGUUUCAUUUGUCUGCUAAAUUUAAGAUUUUAAUUAGCAUUUUUUGUUGUUGUUGCUAAAUGUGUCAACUUCAGAGGUUCUGCUGCAUUCUAUAACUUACAGUUUUCAUUCAAACACUAUUGACAGUCAGUAUAGUAAAGCUACUACGGUAUGAGUGAAAAAAUAUUGGACUGCUUUUAAAGUAUGUGGCCUUUGCAAUCACCUUUAGAUCAAAGUACAUAGUAUAUACAGAAAAUUUGUGGGGACAUUUAUGUUUUCUUUUUAUUCACAAGAUACAAUGUAUGGUUCUUAUUAUAUAGGGAUAGAGCACUCAUGUAUUCUGUAGUUUCACAUCACAAUGCAGUGUGUCUCCAGCCCAGUUGUAUAUAUGGCUUUUAGGGUACGGCGUUAAAAAGGGUAUAUCAUUCUUGCACUUAAGAAGUAGGACACAAAAGAACGUAAGUGUGUGUGUGCGCGUGUGUGUGGGCGUGUGCGUGACGUUGUCUGUCAACGCAACAGAAGCAUUUAUUAGUGUUGGAAACAACAAUUACAAUCAUGUUUACCUUUCGACUGGAAUGACUUUAAAUGUAAACCGAACAAACAAAACAUAACAACAGAGGUUCUAACCAUGAGCGUUAUAACAAAAUAAUACAAAUCCUACUUUUAACAACGUGUGCGUCCGCCUCUUAUUUGUCUCAACAUACACAAUAACACAAUCUGGUUUUGUCUUUGAGGAUGUGACUGGUAAUCCAAUCCAGGAGGACAGCUGGAGAUACCGUAGCACACUGUGUGCAUGCUGCGUGGAUAAUGUUGUCAGAUUGGAUUUUUUUUUCCAUAUCAAAGUUAAAGCUCUCUUUUGCUAUUAAUGCCUUCGCACACUCCGAUUACUCCAUCGAUAAGAGCUUCUGUCACCUGCCUUGCAGGUGAGUGAUUGCAGAUGUGGGAACUGUUGGUAUCGGAGUGCAUCUUUUUUUUUUUUUUUUUUUUUGGUGCAAGAAGUUGUAUGAUGGUGAUAGUGACCACUACUUUGAAAAUGCCAUGUCUUUAGUCCUGUAGCCACUGGGUAUGUCAUCCACUUGAACAAAUAAACAGCUCAAUUAAAAAUAACAGACUACAUUCCUGAUUUAGGUUCACACCUUCAAAGAACCUGCACAAACUUUAUCGCUCAGAUGUGGAAGCUGAUCUCCAGAAUCACAUCAGCCAAGGUAAACAACGAAUUGAGUAUGUACAUGUUUGUCAGAUCAUCAACCACAAUGCCAUAGGCAUGCUACUAAUCUGAGGCCUAGUUACAAUCGCUGGCAUGAGUAAAUUAAGCUAACGAGGCCAGCUAAUAGGUUUGCCUAACAUUCUACUUGUGUCUUUCAUUUAAAUGCCUCGUCCUGUAUCUUGCACAGCUUCCUUUUACGAGUUUACCUGAACCCGACACUCCAGUGUGUUCACAAGUGUUCGUUGCAUUGAGAACAAUUACAGGUAGGCAAUGCUAAGCACUUAGAAAAGUACUAUAUGAUAUCCUGUCAACGAGUAGACGGAUGAAUCAUUUUCUCUUGUCAUAUGACUUAAUAAGAGAAUUGGUGAGUCAACGGUGUCAAGUUUCGCUGGUAGUGUGGACCCAAAUGCCGUCGUCUGCUGGCGGAACAGCGUCUGAAUUGUCGUCGUCUGCUGGCGGAACAGCGUCUGAGUCACCGUCAUCUGCUGGCGGAACAGCGUCUUAGCCGUCGUCAUCUGCUGGCGGAACAACGUCUGAGUCGUCGUCGUCUGGUGGCGGAACAGCAACGGAAGCGCCGGGGACACUGGGAACUGAAGCGCCGGGGACGCAGGAAACGGAAGUGCCGGGGACGCAGGAAACGGAAGCUCCGGGGACGCAGGAAACGGAAACUUCGGGGAAGCAGGAAACGGAAGCUCUGGGGACGUAGGAAAUGGAAGCUCCGGGGACGCAGGAAACGGAAGCUCAGGGGACGCAGGAAACAGAAACCUGGGGCUAAAUGGUGAAGCGCCGGUAAGGGGGCUAGACGGCGAAGCGCCGGGACAGGCGUCGAGGGAAGCCAGGACGUCAAGACGGUCAGCG